GGUAUGUGGUUAAGAACUCAACACACCCUCACAACAAAAUCACUGGCAUGGUGACAGUUGCCAACAAACAUACAAGCCAACAACUCAGGAGAUAGUUCAUCUGACUCUGAUAACACAUGGAGAAGGAGCUGAUCUGCAGGGACUGUAACAUGUCGUUUCACUCCGCCCGGCUGCUCGACAAACACAAAGCAUUGUUCUGCAUCGGGAGUGAGGUAUCGACUCCUCGGGUGCAGAGACACAGCAGAUCUGAGCCUCUCGGGAGGGACGGCGCUGGCGCUCUGAUCCCGAGACAGACAAGAACCUCCAACCUGGUGCAGCUGAGAGGUCAGCAGAGGAACACGGGCAGGUGGAGAGACGUCAAUGCUGAGCCAAAGUCACAGAGAGCGGAAGACAAGGCGGUGAGCAGUCAGACAGACGGCGCCGCUCUGCAACACCUCACCGACGAGUUUUACAAGCUGAGGAUGUCCAUUGAAGAUAAUCUGCCAGCGUGGUCCAAAAGGGCGCCUGAAGCUGAAGCAAGUGGGCGGCAGCGGGGUCACGGCGACAGACUGAAGGAGAUGAGGGAAAUGGCGACGCUUCACGAGCGCCAGCUGGCUCUGAUACAGGCUCGCAACCAGCAGCUGGAGCAGCAGAGAGACGAGUUGGCCCACCAGGUGAGCGUCUUGUCUGAGCAGAGCAACACAACUCCCCUGCAGAGUCUGCUGAUGGAGCUCAGAGAGCAGGAGGAGAGGAACGAGGAGACGCUGCAACAACUAGCCGAGCAUCUCCGGGCGCUGCAAGCGCACAGGAGCUCAGUAGCUGCUGAUCAGCCAGAUCCACACGAGAAGUUUCAUCGCAACCUCAAGCUCAUUUCUUCUGCGGAUGGCCCUCUCUCUACCCAGAUUAAAGCCCUGAGACAGGCGUACAUUCACUCAGGCGGGUCUGAUCCAGCCAUUGUGUCCCAGAUGAUCGACCUGCAGGCAGAAGCCCAGAGCCUGGAGAAGAAGCCGCCGCCAGCAGCAGCAGCAGCAGCAGCAGCAGCAGCAGCAGCAGCAGACGCCAAGCCCCGAAAAAAGAAGGUGAAGCCUCCUUGGAGGGGUGCCAGCUGGGAGCUGCAGGUUUUGGAGCAGGAAAACCAGAGACUGGAGGAGGAGAUCUUCAGGAUCCAGCUGGCCAGAGAGAGACGCCGUGACCAUGAAGCAGCGAAGACCGAGUUUGACCUGAUUCAGAGGGAGAACCUCCACCAGACUGCCAGCUUACAGGCAGAGAUGGAGUGGAAUAAAGAAGCUUCCAGGCCCAGGAGACAACCUCCUCCUCCUCCACCUCCUCCUCCUCCACGUCCACCCCAAACUAAGAGCCACAUUCAGGCACCGCUUUCUCCGACCAGAUCCUUCUUCUCUCAGCUGGGAGGAUAUGCUAUGGACACCCAGGACUCUCUUGGCCCUGCACCCUACGACCCUGCAGCUGGUUUUGUGGUUUUCUAUGACAUGGUGCUGGGAGUUGAUGCCUCUCAGAAGCUGCUGCGUCUGGUCUCUGCUCUCUACGCCAACGGUCAGGAGGUGGGGCCGCCUGCUCCGCUUCCCCCUGUCCGGUGCUUACCGGGAGCAUCCCUUCCUUACCCACUCAGCCUAACCCCUGGAAACAGCGUCCACCUGUCAGUCAAACAGCCUGUACCCGGGAUCCAGCCGUCGCCCUCCCUCUCCCUGGUGGUGGAGGUGCAGACAGCGAGAGACGCGGAUGUUUACGACCACGAGGUCUUCAAACUGGAGUCCUGCGGCUGGACGCAACUGGACCUCUUUGAUGAAUUCAACCAGCUUCGUAGCGGCCACUGGAGGGCGCCAGUGCGCAGCCUGCCUAUUAGACCCUCAACCAGCAUGGCCCAGCUCAACUCCAUUCCCCAGGUGGGAAACAUGGAGCUGUGGGUGCGUUUGGCGAACGGCCGAGAUGGAGACGUGCAGACCCUGGUAAAGCCUAACCUCUGGGGCAGCGGCCACUAUAAAUAUCCAGCUGCAGUGUCUUCUCUUCCUGCAAUGAUUCGAGGAAGUGCUGCUGUGACAGUUUCUGCAUCAGAGCCCACAGGAGCGGAUAAACUCUCCUCACCGCUUCCCAUCAUCGAGCAAAGAGACCCUUCACGCACUGACGAAGCCGGUGAAGAAAACAAGUCUACGCUCAUGUCGUAGCAGAUGUCUCAACUGCUGUUUUUUUUUUUUCCCAAAUGUUGCAUUACAAGUAUAAAAAUAAGUCUGUUUAUAUUCAUUGUUUUGCUGCAAACGCAUUUUUCACCCCCAAUGAUGUACCGUCGUUGCAAUGCAUUUUUCAGCCGAAGUAAACCUCAGUGCAGAAAAAGGAAUGCCUUUGUAAGGUUGUAUUACAGCUACGCACCAUUUAUGUCUGGUUAAAUAACGCUUGAUUUUAGGAAUGAUGUGCCUUUAUUUUGUUAAAGAUUCAAUUUACAGUUCUGCACUCCAUCUAAAGUUCACGGAGUUUCAAGUGAAGGCAAUUCUUUCAAGCAAUAAUGCUACAAGAUUUCUUGCACCAAGACAAAUAAUACAUGGCAUGUCUCUGAACCCCUUCCA